AUGACACCAAACCUUGUUAAUAAAGAUGCAAUUCUCAACAGAUCAUUUACAAACGGUUAUCAUGAACUGAAUGGCAUUCAUGAUGAUGCCGAAAUAUUUAAUGGAUCAUUUGCAAAUAGUUAUAAUGAGCUAGAUGAUAGUAUUCAUAAUGAUAGAGAGAUUCCAAAUGAAUCAUUUAUAAAUGGUCAUCGCGAAUCGAAUGGAAUUCAAAGCAAUGGCCAAAUUUUUAAUGAAUCGCUUACAAACAGUCAUAAUGAGCUGAAUGGAUUUGGCAUAAGGGCUAUUCACAUAGGACAAGACCCUGAUCCAUACACUGGUGCUAUUAUUCCUCCAAUAUCUUUAUCAACUACUUUUAAACAAUAUUCAAUUGGUGCUCAUAAG